AUGGCCGAACUUCAGACUGCAGCUCUUCUUGACGACAUUUAUACCAAUGUUGACUAUGGAAAGCAAUUCUUCGAUGCUUUCCCAUCGGAAGUCCAUGCGCCCCCACCAGAUCUAUUCGAAUCUGAACUAGAUUCCAGUCUUGCUGGAAUCGAUCCGUUUCAGUUCGAAUUGCUGGAAGUUAAUCACACCGACGCCUUCAGUCGUUUGAGGUCUGACACUCCCACGUGUGGGCCUCCCUCCUUGAUCACAGUUUCGUCGGAAUCCGCUUCGGCUUACGACUCGUUUUCCUCUUAUUCCGAGUCUAUAUACAACUACUCCAAAUCUUCGUUUGACAUUCAAAGCAACUGCUCCUUCCCUCUUGACAUGGACUUUCAACGCCUUGAGGUCGCCUCUGACUAUGGAGUGCAGCAACUCUUGGACGGUGUUGAUCCCACUUCUUUCGGUUCCAUGCCGCCAACGCCUCCUCGCAGCCCUCCUAACCACGGUGCGAAUAACGGCAAAGUCUACUCCCAACGCACUAGCUAUUCCGACUACGGUCCUUCUCGCGGUGUGGUGCCCAACGACUACUAUAAUGUUACCUACGGUUCGACCCUCACGCCCGCUACGGUAUCUCCGACGCACGUGUCACAACUACCACCUUCCGUCUCUUUGCCACAAAAUGAGGAGCUGAAGGGAGAUCCACGCAAGAAAUACAAAUGUAGUUCAUGUCCACGGGGUUUUGCUCGGGCCUACAAUCUCAAGACGCACAUGGCGACGCACGAUCCCAAUAGGGAAAAACCAUUUGUUUGCCCUCAUCGCACUUGUAGCAGGUCAUUUAGCCGUAAACAUGACCUGGGCAGACAUCUCAUCAGCAUUCAUCGCGAUGAAUCCGUUUGCUCCUCUCGUCACUCGACCUCUUCCAAGAAGUCCAUCGGAGUUGAGAAGGGGACUCGCACUUGGUGUGAAAGUUGUGGCAAGAGUUGGAUUGGCCGUGUUGGCUCAUGCAACUGCAACAAUGCGAAGUAA